GAAGGCGGAGGCGGCCUUGUUCGGCUGCGCUUCGGCAUUCCCAACCGCCGCACCUCGGAGCCUGGCAGCCAUACUCUUCCGCGGGAGGCAGCCAGAAGGGCAGCGACAGCGAGGCCGGGCCUCGUCCGCCUCCGCUUGUUUUUUCCCCCUCAGAACAAACGGCGGCCUGGCUGGACUGGACUCACUGACUGACUGACGCACGACGCGGAGAUGAUGCCGAUGAUAUUAACUGUGUUCCUGAGCAACAAUGAACAAAUUUUGACUGAAGUGCCAAUUACACCUGAAACAACUUGUCGAGAUGUUGUGGAAUUUUGCAAAGAACCAGGAGAAGGCAGUUGUCAUUUAUCUGAAGUAUGGCGAGGAAAUGAACGGCACAUACCUUUUGAUCACAUGAUGUAUGACCAUCUACAGAAGUGGGGACCUCGAAGAGAGGAAGUGAAGUUUUUCCUUCGACAUGAAGAAUCCCCAGUAGAAAGCAAUGAACAAGGCCGUCAGACUCAAAAUCAAAGAAACGGAAUCAGUAUACCUGUGGAGAAACGUGCUGAAAAUGGGGUUGGGAAUCCACGUGUUGAACUCACACUUUCAGAACUUCAGGAUAUGGCUGCCAGGCAACAGCAGCAAAUUGAAAAUCAGCAACAAAUGUUGGUUGCCAAGGAACAGCGUCUACGUUAUCUCAAACAACAAGAACGCCGUCAACAACAGUCAGUGUCUGAAAGUGAAAAGCUUCAGAAACUUAAAGAGCGAGUGGAGACCCAGGAGACAAAGCUGAAAAAAAUACGUGCCAUGAGAGGGCAGGUGGAUUACAGCAAGAUUAUGAACGGCAAUUUGUCUACUGAAAUCGAACACAUCAGUGCCAUGUUCCAGGAAAAGCAACAAGAACUCCAAGCUGCAGUAUUAAAAGUAGACCAACUUACUCAGCAGCUUGAAGACCUGAGGAAAGGAAAGUUGAAUGGUUUCCAGUCUUACAAUGGACAGAUGACCGGACCUGCGGCUGUAGAAUUAAAGAAGUUGUACCAAGAGUUGCAGAUUCGUAACAGGCUUAACCAGGAACAAAACACCAAGCUACAGCAACAGAAAGAGUUGCUGAACAAACGUAACAUGGAAGUGGCUAUGAUGGACAAGCGCAUCAACGAGCUCCGUGACCGCCUAUACAAGAAAAAAGUUGAGGCACGUCAAAAAGAAAACAUCCCUUUAAAUCGGAUAAAUGGAACAUCCUCACCUCAGUCAUCAUUGAAUGCUUCAGGCAGAGUGGCAGCUGUGGGGCCCUACAUUCAAGUUCCUAAUUCCAGCAGUUAUAAUGUGCCGGUUGACCCAGUGAAGCCACAGUCUCUCACCAUUACCACCAAUGUAACUCAUGGAAGAUCUAAAUCUGAUACAGACUUUGGGUGUGUGAAAAAAUCUCCAGCUCCCUGGAAGAUUUCUGAUUUAGACAUUAUAGUGGAUCCUAUUCUGUCACCUCCCUCUCUUCAAUCUGCUGUUCACAAUAUCAGCCAUUCGGCAUCUACUCUUUCUGAGAUCCUGAACUCUAAUGAUGGAACCUGGCCAGCCCUUAAACAGAGUUCUCCUGUGGUAAAGCCCCCACAAAUCCCCAGUGCAGACUGGAAGGACUCAAACAUGGAUGCUGCUUUGAAGCAGGGGACUAUAUCUACUCAGCCACUGUCGUCUUCGGGAUUAGGAAGCACUGAUAAACUGGGUCUUGAUAUGGGGAAAGUGCCACCAACCAUCCCUGGAGUAAAUAAGCAGUUGCCUCAAAAUUACGGGACCUAUCCGAGUGCUGUUCCUUUAGGAACAAGUUCUACCAAUUCCCUGGAGAGGCGAAAGGACGGUAGCCUGCCAAGGCCUGGCUCCACAGCAGCAAACCGGCAAAGGCCUGUGCCGUUGCCUCCAGCAAGCAACAUUCAUCAGCCCAGCUCCUCACAACAAAUACAGCAGAGGAUAUCCGUGCCUCCAAGCCCUACAUAUCAGCCUUCUGGUGCUCCACUGUUUCCAGGAGGCGAUGGCAGGCCUGAUCUCCCUUUAACUGUAGCCAUCAGGCCUUUUCUAGCCGACAAGAGCUCAAGGCCCCAGUCUCCUAGGAAAGGGCCCCAAACGGUGAACUCCAGUUCCAUCUAUUCGAUGUAUCUUCAGCAAGCGACUCCACCAAAGAACUACCAGCAAGCUGUCUACAAUACUCUAAACAAAUCAGUCAAAGCAGUUUAUGGGAAGCCAGUUGUACAGUCUGGUUCGACUUCUCCUUCCCCAUUACCCUUCCUCCAUGGAUCUUCUCCGGUCAACGCAUCCCAGCCUCCGCCUCCAAAUGAGUAUAUUGAGAAAGACCAAGAGGUGGAAAACACGGCACCUGCUGGUGAUAACAGCAAUGUAGAAAACAUCCCUCGCCCCCUCAGCCCCACCAAGCUCACCCCCAUCGUCCAUUCUCCCCUUCGCUACCAAAGCGAUGCCGACCUGGAGGCUCUUCGCAGGAAACUUGCUAACGCUCCCCGGCCCCUGAAGAAGCGGAGUUCUAUCACCGAACCGGAAGGCCCCAGCGGACCAAACAUCCAGAAGCUAUUAUACCAACGCUUUAAUACCCUGGCGGGAGGGAUAGAAGGCGCCCCAUUUUAUCAGCCAGGAAACUCACAGGACUUUAUAGGCACCUUAGCCGAUGUUGACAACGGAAACACCAACACCAAUGGCAAUAUUGAGGAGCCAGUUUCAGUGCCCUCAACGGCUCCUCUGCCUGAUGAGUCUUCGUCGGAUGCUAACGACAAUGAAUUGCCCUCUCCUGAAAUUGAAGAGCUGAUCAGCGUAGAAACCACAAAUCAAACAUCUGAAACAACUGAGGAUGAUAACAACAACAACAACCCUGCGGUAGCCCCUUCUGUGGAGCGGCCACCAAGCCCAACCCCUGAGGCCAAUUCCCCAGAAGAAGAAGAAGUCCAACUGCCUCCUGAUCUCCCACCUCCACCUCCUCCUCCACUUCCUCUGAUCAAAAGAACCAACCUGAAGAAACCCAACUCGGAGAGAACUGGCCAUAGCUUGAGGGUGAAGUUCAAUCCCUUGGCCCUAUUGCUGGAUGCUUCCCUGGAAGGAGAGUUUGAUCUGGUGCAGCGGAUCAUCUAUGAGGUUGAUGACCCCAGCAAACCGAAUGAUGAAGGAAUCACCCCUCUGCAUAAUGCAGUGUGCGCUGGCCAUCACCAUAUUGUUAAGUUCCUAUUGGACUUUGGUGUCAACGUGAAUGCAGCAGACAGUGAUGGAUGGACUCCUUUGCACUGUGCUGCCUCUUGCAACAGUGUUCAUCUUUGUAAGCUUCUUGUUGAAUCUGGAGCAGCCAUUUUUGCUUCAACUAUAAGCGACAUAGAAACUGCAGCAGAUAAGUGUGAGGAGAUGGAAGAAGGCUAUAUUCAGUGCUCUCAGUUCCUAUAUGGUGUGCAGGAGAAGUUGGGGGUCAUGAACAAAGGUGUAGUGUAUGCACUGUGGAAUUACGAAGCUCAGAACAAUGACGAGUUGUCAUUCCACGAAGGCGAUGCCAUUACCAUCCUGAGGCGCAAGGAUGACAAUGAGACGGACUGGUGGUGGGCACGCCUCAACGAGAAGGAAGGCUACGUGCCCAAAAAUCUCUUGGGGUUAUACCCAAGGAUCAAACCUAGGCAACGAACUCUGGCCUGAAUCCCACUCUUUGGCAAUACAGUAUAUCUUGCUGGUAACUGGAAGAUGAAAGUAUACACUGGAUACAUUUUCAAUUACAUUUCACCAGAAGUUAAGCUAUACUUGUUUUAAAUGGUGCUCUUGUUUCAUAUAAUGGACCGCGUUUGAGGUUUUUCGAUCUGCAAUUCGUAAGUGAGAUCUGCUUUAUGUCAUCCCGCCCGGUCUCUGGGCGAGGCGCUCCAACGCAGCCGACAGUGUUUCUGCCAACCGAACUUUAAAACCGUGCGCUCAAUGUUAAAACCUUUGCAAAACGCAGAUAUGCUCUCUGAUCAGUCGUAGUCCGCAGUAACUGUCCUGACAUGUCAAGAUGUUUAUUAUUAAAAUUGUCAACUGAGUGUUGCAUUUGCUGUGUAAAUCCUUCAAAGCUCUCAGCAACAGUUGACAUCUGGGAGUUACCAACCGUCUUCUGGAAGGAAAGGUGUUACUGAUAUAUGACAAGAAAAGCAUCAAGGAUGAGUAGAUUUUGCACACCUCUCAAAACCGCACUCGUUCCUUCACGUGAUUUUUUUUCUUGCUAUUUUCUGCUUACAGCACCAGUUUCCCCCGUAUUCCGUUAUGCUUUCUUUUUUUUCAUAUUAAUGCCCUGAAUUCCAUCUUCUGGAUAAACCUGCAUUCAGAUUGAAGGGAAUCUGUAUGUCUAUAUGGAAGGAAAGUGCAAUAGUUGGGAAGGGUAAGAGUCAGGUUAGACAAAAGCUCAGCGGGGUUCACUUUGAGAACCUUUAAAUCUUAUCUGUGAGUGACUGAAGGAUUGACUAAAAAGGCCAGAUUGGUUGUGAAGAGUGAAGGGGAGAAAGAAGAGACUUUUGGGAAAGACGACGACUUGCUGUUUGAGGCAGAACGGCAUCUCUGUGGUUCUUGACAGCCCUGCGCCCGAUGCCAGGGUCAGUAAUGCAAUAACUUGAUCCACUAUCUAGUUUCAAGCAAAACUACAAAAAAGCACUUCACUGGAAUAGAAAAUUGUACAUGGUUUUAUAUAAAGAAGUCUAUUUUGAAUUCCCCGUUAUGUUGUAGCCAUACAUGUUUUAUAAUUUCCUCCCUGUAAACUGUAGGCCAAGUGUCCAUUCUCCAUGUACACAUUUUGUGCAUAAUUUAUAUCCAUCGAUGCAGUGCUGUAAUUUGCUUUUACCACUGUUUUAGCAUUAAUUGUAUAUAUUGUGGUGAUAAGAAGUGAAAAGGGUAUUGUAAAAGAAUAUUUGCUAAAUGACUGUGAGUGAAAAGCCUACGAGACACUGCUCAUCCAGUGUGCACAAUAAAACUACUGCUAAGGUA